AUGGCCUCGCAUGCCCGAGCCAUGGAGGGCCCCGAGCUAGUCGGACGACACCUGGCUAAAUUCUCGACCUUCCUCGGAUUACCAGUCGCAUAUAGGGUGAAAGGAAUACUCAGCGCGGCUAAGUCUGCGAGAAAGAAGGCUUCGCUGGCCCUUCAUCCGGCAACACGGUUGAGCCGUUGCGUGCCGCUUGCUCGCUUCUCCAAAGCCUUUGAGCUUGGCAGGGACGGAUCGGCGUCAGACGAGAUGUGUCAAUUCGACCCCGGUGAAGAAGAGAUGUUUGGACACGGCGGUCUGGUCAAUGAACCGCCCGACCGGUCUUGGAGCGUCCCGGGCGCAACGACAGCGGACCCGGAGCAGAACAAGAACUUGCCGGACAGCACUGCCACCUGCCGCCAGCGACCGAACUGGCUCGCUCGGGUGCCGAAUGGAGAUCGAAGGACACAACUUGCAUGUCUCAGCACCAACAUAUUCCAGACGGAAGCCUGGCUUGGCCCCUUGGGCCAAACUGCCAAGGGCCUUGGCAGUCCCACUUGCCCACCAGUGCUCUCAUAUCGGUAUCUCAACUUAGCCGCUCCAGCGCUCUUGAACUUGGGCGAGAAACCAUUUUCACCGGUGCCGUUUUUGCCUGCAAUCGUGGCUGUCAAAAAGGUCGUCACUGCAAUGGAAGACAUUCCCAAAUUCUUUUCCCAGACUGAAAGAGUUCCAAUCCUCCUUGAGAAAUCGUCUACCGAAAUCUCGCCCGUCGGCAGCGUGGCCGUCCUCAGAGGUCACCCUAGCGCCUCGAUUCAGGGAUCCGAAGUCCUUCAUACGGCCCAGCCCGCCAAAGUCGCUAAAGCUGCCGAAUAA